AUGAAGCUCGCUAUCUUCUCUCUGGCAGCUUCCAUGCUGAUUGCUACCGUCGUCGGUAUGCCGGCUGCCUCGCCCGAAGCGCUUUCUCGUCGGAACAUUCCUCCUAAGCCGAGCGAGGACUCCUUCUACGCCAACCCUGCUGGAUUCGAGUCUGCGGCCCCCGGUACGAUCUUGAAGAACCGCAAUCUGCCUUCGACGAUCGCUGCCUUCGGUCUUAUUCCCGCCAACAUCAAGUACACGCAGCAGAUCUUGUACCGAACCACGAACGCGCUCGGCGAUCCUGCUUCGGCCGUGGCCACGAUUCUGAUUCCGUACAAUGCCGACUACACGUCGUUGCUGUCGUACCAGAUCGCCGAGGAUGCGGCGAGCAUCAACUGCUCUCCGUCGUACGCGCUGCAGUUCGCGUCUGACUCGGGUGGUUUUGUGGGAACGAUUGUCACGCAGCUCGAGUGGCUUCUGAUCCAGGCUGCGCUCGAGCAGGGAUGGCCGGUCGUUUUGCCUGACCACGAAGGUCUCAACGCGACUUUCCUUGCCAACUAUGCCGGUGGUAAGCAUGUCCUUGACGGAAUCCGUGCAGCCCUUGCAUCUGAGUCCUUUACUGGAAUCAAGUCGGAUGCUUCCGUUGCGAUGUGGGGAUACUCUGGUGGAUCGCUCGUGAGUGCUGCCGCCUCCGAGCUGAAAGAUAGCUACGCUCCGGAGCUCAACAUCGUCGCUGCCGUUCUUGGCGGACCUAUCCCCAACAUCAACAACGCUCUCUACACUCUCAACCAAGGACUCUUUGCUGGACUCAUUCCUGAUGGAAUUCUCGGACUUUCCAACGCGUAUCCCGCUCUCGAGACCAUGGUUCAGGAGGGCCUGAAGUCGAGCAAGAAGGCCAAGUUCAACACGGCCUAUGACACCUGCCUUGGUGCGUCGGCGCUCAACUUUGCGCUUCAGAACAUGUUCAGCUACUUUGACGAUGCACAGGGUCUUUUGGCCGAAGCGGUGCCUAGCGGAAUUCUCGCAAACAACAGUCUUGGACACUCGACUCCCUCGGUCCCGAUCUUUAUGUACAAGUCGAUUCUUGAUGAGAUUGACAGCAUCAGUUAUUCCGACAAACUCUACAAGACUUACUGCAACGGUGGCGCGAAGGUCAAGUACGUGCGCGACUUGAUUUCCGAGCACGGCACGCUGGCGGCGUUUGGCGCGCCCAAAGCCUUGACAUUCUUGGCUAAGGCGUUCAAUGGCGAGACCGUGGUGAGCAAGUGCACAAAGACAAACACUUUGUCGUCGUUGCUGGACAUCUCGACCGCGCAAGUGCUUCCUUCUUUUUUGAAGGACACGAUCUUGAACUUGCUUUACAAGCCCGUCGGACCUUUCCUUAUUGGUUAA